AGCUUGAGACGGCCCGGGGCGAAAGGUUGGGGGCGAGGGGGAGGAGGGACAGUUUUUGCACUUCUGUCUCCCCUUCUCCCUUCUGCCUUAUCCGAAUAGGGUCAGACAGUCCAACCUCAAACUCUUGGGAUAGGAGGGAUGGGGGGAAGGAUCCUAAGGGUCUCUGCAUUAAAAAGUGCUUGGAGAUCGGGGGCUCGAGGUCAAACAGUUUCUGGGAUCACUUGCACCAGGAGCCCACCCCCCGCCUUGGCCUGAGGGGCUCUGCCCUUGGCAGCCUCUGAAGACUUGGCUCCAACUCCCACUCCCUUGACCCACUGUGGUGCUUUCCAGAGAUGGAGCCGCAUGUGGCCUCUGGCUGCAAGCAUCCCCAGCCCUAGCCAUGCACCCUGGGAGCUCAGAAAGGACCUCCCCUGAGAAAUCCACUUGGAGUCUGGCAAUCUAAGCAGGCCCUGCCCAAGGAGCCAAGAGAAGCUUCUAGACUAGCCAUGGAUCGGUGCCAAGAGGUGAAGGCCCUUCUGAAGGCCUGGGAGAUAGCAUUCCUUCAAGAACACAAAAGGAAACCCAACAAGAAUGAUGUGGAGUUGGCACCUAAGGAAAUGAAAGAACUCUACCGAGAAUACCGAGCCCUAAAGAGAGGCCAGGAAUCAGCAGGCCUUCCACAGCCCAGCAACUUGGUCCAGGACGAUGCAGCAGCUAUAGAACAGGUGCCGGAGCUGGGCUGCUGGGGUGCACAUCUGAACAGGAAUGUGACCAAGCCACCACGACCCACCCAGACAGCCACCCUCCAGGAGCCUUUGCAGUGUUAUGGGAGGAAGCUCAAGUCUAACCUGAAAGCUGUCCUGCAGGCAGGACCAUCCUCAGGCCGGAUACCUCGACUUCCACGCAGACAGCAGCCAAAGAGGUGCCCCUCACCAAAGUCUCAUUUAUCAGUUCCCCCUACCCCAACAGAAGACAUAUCCAACUCCUGUGAAGAAGACACUGCCAUGCUCAAGCCCCCCCUAUCUCCCUGGGGCUUUGGACCAAGGCCCAUUCCCCAGCCUGAAAAGCUGAAGCAGUUACAACACACCCUGGGCCAGAGGCUGAGCUCCCUGGAUUCUGGCUGGUUGCAAAGGUGCCAGGUGGAGGUGAGAGAGAAGCUAGGAAAAAUAGAACACUCCAACUUGCCUUCCGUUCCCCUGAACUCACCAACUGAGGCCCAAGACCCUUGUCCAGAACAGGUGAAGAGCGUGGAACCCCAGCACCCUGCUGGGGUAGACCUGAGAUCAGUCCCUGAGAGUGAUGGUUUCGGUGACUCUCCACUGCUCGAGACCCUGGAAACAAGGCUCCCUGGCAAAGAAGAGGCCCCUUCAGUGAGUAAGGUCAGGACAUUGCAAAGAAAUCCCACUCAGAAGAGACAGAGGGAUGGGAGCCAAGAUAGAACUCCAAAGCAUCAGAAAAUUGGCACCAGGAAGACGAGGCUCAGGAGCGAGCCUGUACCCGAAUCUGAUGGGGAGCACAACAAGAAGUGUGGGAGAGGGGCAGCUCUGGAGAUCCCUGAGGAAGACCUUCUGGGGGAAAUGGUGGUGCAGAAGAUGGCCAAGACUGUCACUGGGGCCAGAGCCCCCAGGACAUUCCCCAAGGCCAAUGGUAAUUUUGUACGCCUCAACUUAAAGAAGAAAUGUUAUGUUAGGGGCUUUGGUCAGCGGGGUAACCAACUCCGUAAGCAGAUAUGGAAGAAGAAGUGGCAGAUGAAAGGCGAGCAGUUUGGGGGUGGCUGGCCCAGAGAUCGGGGGAAAGAUUCCUGCUUCAAGUGUGGGGGUGCUGGUCACUGGGCUUCCCAGUGCCCUGGAAGAGUUCUCACCUAUCACCAGCCUCCUGAGGAGGGAGACAGUAAGGCCCCCGGAGAACAGGAGGAUAAUGAGGAGGAGCCUCCCCUUCCCACACUGGAGGAGGUGGCGCAAAGAGUCAGUACUACCUCCAGCAAGGUCCCUGAGAGUGGUGACUGGAGCGGACAAUAUCAGCCAGAGCAGCUGGUGCCUCCAAGGGUCCCGGUGUAUGAACCCCCCACGCUUCCCCCAGCUGUGGAACCACUAUAUGGCUUGGGGCCCUCCGGACAGGUGGCAGAGACCCCAUCAGAGGUGUUUGAGACUCUGACCCAGUUUGGUCACCACACAUUCCGCCCUGGGCAAGAGGCUGCCAUUAUGAGGAUUCUCUCUGGCCUUUCCACCCUGGUAGUGCUACCCACGGGCAUGGGGAAGUCCUUGUGCUAUCAGCUCCCAGCUGUCCUCUAUGCCCAACGCAGCUGCUGCAUUACAUUGGUCGUGUCGCCCCUUGUGUCACUCAUGGAUGAUCAGGUAUCAGGAUUGCCCCGGGGACUGAAAGCUGUCUGUAUUCAUUCCAACAUGACCAGGAAGCAAAGAGAGGCAGCCUUGGAGAAGGUGAUGAUGGGCAAGGCACAGGUGCUGCUUUUAUCCCCAGAGGCAGUGGUUGGGGCUGGGGCCGGAGGCUUCAGCUACCUUCCAUCUGCAGCCCGGCUGCCCCCUGUGGCAUUUGCCUGCAUCGAUGAGGCUCACUGUCUCUCCCAGUGGUCCCACAACUUCCGGCCCUGCUAUCUUCGGCUUUGUAAGGUGUUACGAGAGCGUUUGGGUGUGCGCUGUUUCCUGGGCCUCACAGCCACCGCCACCCUUGCCACUGCCAGGGAUGUGGGCCAGCACCUGGGAAUCCCAGAGGAAGCCAUCUUUGAGGCACACUUGGCCACCAUCCCCCCCAAUCUGCACCUCUCAGUCUCCCUGGAUAGAGACAAGGACCAGGCCCUUGUGACCCUGCUACAGGGAGAACGGUUUCGAGCUCUAGGCUCCAUCAUUGUGUACUGCAACCGGAGAGAUGAGACCGUGCGUGUGGCUGCACUGAUCCGGACAUGUCUUCAGGAAUCUCAGUACCUAGAACCUUCUGCAGAAUCCCCAGGACCCAGAGGGCGGCUGCCAGAGGCUGUGGCAGAGGCAUAUCAUGCUGGCCUAUCGGCCUCGGAGCGUCGGCGGAUACAGCGAGCCUUCAUGCAGGGCCGGCUACGGGUGGUGGUAGCCACAGUGGCAUUUGGGAUGGGCCUGGACCGGCCAGAUGUACGGGCUGUGCUGCAUCACGGGCUCCCUGGAAGCAUUGAGAGCUACGUGCAGGAGAUUGGGCGGGCUGGGCGGGAUGGGCUGCCUGCCCACUGCCACCUCUUCCUGCAGCCCCAGGGAGAAGACCUUCGAGAACUGCGCAGACACAUCUAUGCUGAUACUGUAGACUACCUGACGCUCAAGAAACUGGUGCAUAGGGUGUUUCCCCCAUGCACCUGUUCAGAGCUCCAACAACCACAAGUGCUGGAUGCUGACGUGAGCAAUGAGGAGAUCCUGGAGGAGAGCCCUCCUCACUUUAGGCAAGAGAUGCAGGAAGUGCCCAAUUUAGGAGGAGGAGAAGGCGUGCAGAAUGAUGAUCCCCAAGAAGAAAGGCAUGUUCCUGCCAGUGUACAGAGAGCCUGCCCAGGCCACGAGCGCGCCCUCUCUGUUCAGCAGAUGGUAGAGGCUCUGGACAUGCGUGAAGAGGCCAUUGAAACGCUGCUCUGCUAUCUGGAGCUACACCCUAGAAAUUGGCUGAAGCUGUUGGCCCCGACCUUCGCCACUUGCCAUUUGAAGUGCUACGGUGGGCCCCCACAGCUGCAGGCCUUGGCCAAGAGGUGUCGCCCUGUGGCUGUGGGUCUCGCUCGACAGCAGGCAGCCAAGGCCAAAGGCGGUAGCUCUCUGGACUUCAACGUGGUAGAGCUGGCCGAUUCCAUGGGCUGGGAAGCGGUCCUUGUGCGGCGCACACUGAACCAGCUGCAGUGGGAGAUGGCUCCUGGAAAGGGAGCACCUAGUCGUACAGGGAUACUAGUGGAAUUUAGCAACCUGUCAUUCCACAUGCAAUCCCCAGGAGACCUGACAGCCUUUGAGCGGGAUGAAAUCUGUGACUUUCUGCACCAGCGUAUCCAAGCCCGAGAAAGGGAAGCUCUAGCCCAGUUACGGGCCACCUUCCAGGCCUUCCAAAGGGUGGCGUUCCCCAGCUGUGGGCCCUGCAUGGAGUGUGUAGAUGAAGAAAGGAGUAGCCAACUGAAGACCCUGCUUACCCGUUACUUUGCGGAGGGGACAGCAGCACUUUUUGAGGGUCAGUUCAAGGAAGACAGUGAGCAGGACCAUGACUUUGGUCAGGCCAGACUCCAGGACUGGGAGAGUUCGAUCUGCUCUGAUAUCCGCCAUUUGCUGUCCAUCCGGCAGGAGGAGAAGUUCUCCGGCAGAGCUGUUGCCAGGAUCUUCCAUGGCAUUGGAAGCCCCCGUUAUCCAGCAGAGGUGUAUGGGAAAGACCGUCGAUUCUGGCGGAAAUACCUGCACGUGAGCUUCCCCAGCCUCCUCCACCUAGCCACAAGAGAGAUUCUUGCCUGGAAGUGAGCCUGAAAGGGCCUCGUGCCAUCAUUCCCAUCAGCCAAUUGCUGCCAUCCUCUGGGAGGAAAAGUGUUGCCUAACCAGGUGCCCAUUUCCUGCUUUCUGCCAGGAAAGAGGCAUGUGGCAUUGGACUGGAAACACCCCAACUACCAUUUACUGUCUAAGAAGAGAAAGGACAGUCCUCAAAGCAGGAAAUAAA